AUGCAUUCUAAAUUUAGAAGGCGAGUUCAAGAGUCAACUCAAGUGCUCAGAGAGCUGGAGAUAUCUCUUAGGACCAAUCACAUCGGGUGGGUGAGAGAGUUUCUCAAUGAGGAAAAUAAAGGGCUUGAUGUUAUUGUGGAGUACCUGUCUUUUGCCCAGUAUGCUGUCACGUUUGAUGGAGAUGUAACCGAGAGCACCACAGGUGAGACUUCUGUAGAGACCCCUUGGAGCAGGUCUAUAGAAGAUCUCCAUGGCGACAGCAAUCUACCAUCACCGGUCAGCGGCAGCAGCAUACCACGAUCCACACGGCACUCCAUUAGGUCUAAUACUUUGCCCAGUCGCAGAACUCUGAAGAAUUCACGUCUAGUGUGUAAAAAAGAUGACGUUCAUGUCUGCAUCAUGUGUCUCAGAGCUAUUAUGAACUACCAGUAUGGCUUCAACAUGGUUAUGUCCCAUCCCCAUGCUGUAAAUGAAAUUGCUCUUAGCCUUAACAACAAAAACCCCAGGACCAAAGCCCUGGUUUUGGAGCUGUUGGCCGCUGUGUGUUUGGUCAGAGGAGGACACGAGAUCAUCCUUGCUGCUUUUGACCAUUUCAAAGAGGCUGUGUACCGGGACGCCAGCUCGCAAGUUCACACGCUUCGGCGGAUAGUUCGUGAGAAGGAUGAGACCAUUCAGAGGCAGUCCACUCUGGAGAAGAAGAUCCAUGAGCUUGAGCGCCGAGGCAGUCUCCAGAUCCAGGUGAGAGGUGAGGGAGAUGGGGAAGGAGACGUGUCUCCGCUGCCGUCACCUCCUCAGCCCAUGGCUCUUUCCCCCUGCCCUGAUGCCAUGGCUCUGGCCGGAGCCUGUGCUGGGGCAACGUACAGCUCUGGCAGCACGUCCCAGACCAGCACUCUUCGAGCAAUGGCCACACCACCUCCUCCUCCCCCUCCACCACCUCCAAUGGCAAGUUCCUCUGUUCCCAACGGGCCAUCGGCAGCUCUCGCUGCUCCACCGCCGCCGCCGCCUCCACCUCCUCCUCCUCCCCCACCUCCUGGACACUCUAUUGAGAUCUCUGCUCCUUUACCCCCACCUCCUCCUCCUUGUGCUCCUCCUCUCCCAGGAAGCGGCACGCCAACUGUCAUAUUCAACUCUGGCUUGACAGAUGGACCAAUCAAGCUCUUCUCUGUGAAAAUUAAAAAGCCAAUCAAAACCAAGUUCCGCAUGCCAGUGUUCAAUUGGGUGGCUCUGAAACCAAAUCAGAUAAAUGGCACUGUCUUCAAUGAGAUCGAUGACGAGAGGAUCUUAGAGGAUUUAAAUGUGGAUGAGUUUGAAGAAAUGUUCAAGACCAAAGCCCAGGGCCCUGCUGUCGACAUGACGAUGCAAAAGCAGAAGGCUCCUCAGAAGGGUCCCAAUAAAGUAUCACUACUGGAGGCCAACAGGGCCAAAAACCUUGCCAUCACGCUCCGCAAGGCAGGGAAGAGUCCAGAAGAGAUCUGCAAAGCAAUCCAGACGUUUGACCUACGUACAGUGCCUGUGGAUUUCGUGGAGUGUUUGAUGCGGUUCAUGCCAACUGAAAGUGAGGUGAAGAUGCUCCGCCAGUAUGAGCGGGAGCGACGGCCAAUGGACGGGCUCACUGUUGAGGACCGGUUCAUGAUGCUCUUCAGUAAGAUUGAAAGGCUGCCACAGCGGAUGACCAUCAUGGCCGUCAUGGGCAACUUUAACGAUAGCCUGCAGAUGCUCACACCGCAACUGCAUGCUAUCAUAGCAGCAUCUGUAUCCAUAAAAUCAUCACAGAAAUUAAAGAAAAUCCUUGAGAUCAUUUUGGCCCUUGGGAACUACAUGAACAGUAGUAAGAGAGGAGCCGUUUAUGGCUUCAAACUUCAGAGCUUGGAUUUGCUGUUGGAGACCAAGUCCACAGACAGGAAGCAGACACUUUUGCACUACAUAGCCAAUGUGGUGAAGGAGAAAUAUCCUGUUGUAUGCGUUUUUUACAAUGAGCUGCACUACAUUGAGAAAGCUGCUGCAGUCUCACUGGAGAAUGUUCUCCUGGAUGUGAAGGAGCUACAGAGAGGUAUGGAUCUGACCAGAAGAGAGUACAGCAUGCAUGGCCACAACUCCCUGCUCAAAGACUUCAUCCAUCACAACGAGGCCAGACUGAAGAAGCUCCUGGAUGAUGCUAGGAUUGCACAGGAUGCCUUUGACGAUGUUGUCAAAUUCUUCGGGGAGAGCCCCAAGACCAUGCCACCCUCUGUGUUCUUCCCGGUGUUUGUUCGCUUCAUCAAGUCUUAUAGGCAAGCGGAUGAAGAGAACGAGCAGAAAAAGAGGCAAGAGCAGCUGAUGAUGGAGAAACUUCUGGAACAGGAGGCCAUGAUGGAGGAGCACGAGAAUCAACAGGUAUGA